UGUGGUCUUUUUCGGCGUCCUAACCUCUGAAAGUGUUUCCUGCAGAUUUUGAAAAUAAUUUCGGAUUUCUUUAACGAUUUCAUGGACGCUGUCAAUUUGUAGAAAGGAAUCAUGAACAAAAAACAUCAGAAAACCUCUUUCGAGGUCGAAUCUAAGUACGGACCAUUUUAUACCGGCGGGACAAUAUUGUGGACUGCAGAUGGCGAACAUUUGCUGUGUCAAAAUGGGACAAGCGUUUCAGUGGUAUCGGUUGAAACUGCUACGACGAUAACCACUUUAGGGGAGAUGGAAUCCGAGCACGAUCAAGAUGCCAUUAAUACUUUCGCUUUCAUCGAUAACGAUCAGCGAUUACUGACCCACCAUAAGAGUGGCCUUUUUAAAUUAUGGAAUUGGAAAGAGAAAUCCGUCGAUUCAAUGUGGAAAUCUGUUCACAUUGGACCGGUUGCCUGCAUAAAGGCACGAGACGAUGGCGUCAUCUUGGCAUCUGGAGGUAGCGAUUCGAGCGUAAGAUUGUGGAACUUGCAGAAUCGUACCUGCACACAUAACCUGAAGGGCAUCCAAGGGGUCACCAGCAUUCUAGUAUUUCAUCCGGACGACAAGAAUCUCUUAUUCGGAGCUGGCGACAAUUUAGGGAUACAUUGUUGGAACAUUGAAUCUGGCCAGUGUAAAGCCGUUCUCAAGGGGCAUUGCAGUCGAGUCACAUCGUUAUGCUUUUAUAAAGACAAAGUGCAACUGAUCAGUUCUGGGCGAGACAAAGUGCUGAUCUUAUGGAAUUUGGUUCAAGGCACCAUUUUACGUACCAUAGCCGUUUACGAAAGUAUCGAAGGUGCCUUCAUAUUGCCCGACAACCGUGAAUUACCUUACGCUGUGAAACCUGAUGGAAUUUAUGUGGCUACUGCAGGAGCGACAGGUUUAAUUAGAGUUUGGGAAGUCAAAGCAGGCAGCGAAGUUUACUCGCAGAAAGUCUCGCUGUUACGAGCUGCGGAUGAAGACGGACUCUCUGCGACGCAUUUGUUGUACAAUGAUACAAAGAAUAGCAUCGCUGUGGUUUCUGUGGAUCACAACAUCAUUAUACAUUCCUUGGAAGAUUUUGAAUGUAAAAAACAGCUAGUUGGAUACAGUGACGAGAUUCUGGACGUAGUUUAUGUGGGAGAUCAAGACAGCCACUUGGCAGUCGCUACGAACAGUGCCGAUGUGAAACUCUAUGAACUGUCGACAAUGGACUGUCAGUUACUACGAGGACAUACUGACAUCGUAUUAGCUUUGGCUACUUCCGCAGCCAAUAGAAACCUACUUCUGUCUUCUUCGAAGGACAACAGCGUGCGUUUGUGGAUGAUGAAUAAAGACUCGAAGAAGGUUUCAUGUAUUCGCUCCGGAGUGAGACAUACAGCUCCGGUUGGUUCCGUUGCUUUCUCGCAAACUUCGGCCACGAGUUUUGCAUCCAUCGGACAAGACUGCUGUCUGAAAUUGUGGGAGCUGCCCAGAAAUUUGGACGUCACUGGUGGAGAGCAUUCAUUGAACGCAACUCACACCGCUUUAGCGCAUGAGAAGGACAUUAACUCCGUUGCAAUAUCACCGAAUGAUAAACUCAUCGCUACAGGAUCUCAAGACAAAACUGCAAAGCUAUGGACGGCGACGGAUUUGCAGCUGCUGGGUGUGUUCCGAGGCCAUCGAAGAGGAGUCUGGUGUGUUCGAUUCUCACCGGUGGCCCAAGUUCUGCUGACCAGUUCGGCAGACUGCAGCAUAAAGUUGUGGUGCCUAUCGGAGCUUAAUUGUCUGAAGACUUUAGAGGGACACGAGUCGUCCGUUUUGAGAGCGGAGUUCGUGACACGAGGAACACAGUUGAUAAGUUCCGGUGGGGAUGGAUUAUUAAAAUUGUGGGACAUCAAGACUUCAGAAUGCGUCGCCACUUUGGAGCAGCACGACAACAGAGUGUGGACAUUGGCUGUCAGCAGAGACGAAAGGCAUAUAAUCAGCGGAGGAAGCGACUCCGUCCUGGUGAUUUGGCGCGACGUGACCGAAGAGAAACUCGCUAAAGCUCUGGAAGAAAAGGAGAGGUUAGCCCUGGAGGAACAAAAGUUGGCAAACCUGCUGCAAGCGAACCGAUUCGCGGAGGCCCUGAGAGUCGCUCUAGGACUGGAGCGUCCUCUUCAGACUCUGAGGAUAAUAGACGAUAUCAUCAAGAGGGGGAACAAGGAACUACUGGUAAAGGCUAUUCAGGAUUUAACUAAAGAACUGAAGGAAGCUCUGCUGAGAUGUGCCAUCUCCUGGAACACGAAUAGCAGGAAUUGCCACGCAGCUCAGCUGGUGAUGCACGAGCUGGUGAAUGAAAUAUCGACUGAGAAGCUUCAAAUUCCGGGAUUAUCGAAAACUAUUGAAGAAAUGAUUCCUUACACGGAAAGGCAUUUUAAAAGACUAGAUCAGCUUUGUCAAGAUCUACAUUUGUUUAAAUACACAAUCAGUAGGAUGAAAGUUGUUACAAAUGAUAACCCAGAUGCCAUAUUAGAACGAUGAUUAUUUUUUGGAGUGAACGUAAGAGUGAGAAAGUGGUAUUAAUUAUAAAUAAUUAGUGGUAUUAAUUAUAAAUAAUUAAAAAGCCUGACAAUUACUUUUUAGAGAAAUCACGAGACAGUGGAUAUUAAUGUUAAUAAAAAAAAUACCCUUUGUGAGUCGAAGAUGUGUGAACAAAUGAUAUUUUUGAUUUAAUGAAUGAUGGAUACGGAUAAUCAUUAGAGAAAAUUAUGUCAGCUCUGUUGAGAUUUUCAUUUAUUGAAACAUUUGAUUCGUCGAAGGAAACCUCAUAUUUGUUUAACGAAUAAGUCAUCGCAGAGCGAUGAUAAUUGUUUGUUAGAAUAAAUAUAGGAAAGUGGAUGUUAAUUUUAGUUGAUUGAUAACGGGUAAAUAAACGUCAUCAAUUGACGGAAUGACACGUGCGAAUAGAUGUUCCAAAAAGCUGACUCAGCUUCGACAUUUCUAUUUGUCGAGGGACGAUAUCUCUCUCGAGUGAAAUAAUACCUCGCUAAUGAUAAUCCAUAUGAUAGUCAGAUAUCGUAGUAAAUGUAAGAGAAGCAGAACUAGUCUAAAUGAAUGAAAAAGUGAAGCUGCUCAUAAAUUAUAAAUAAAUAUCAUAGUUCACCGUCUACAUAAAAUGAUGCUUAACCGAUGAUAAUUCAGAUGAUGGUUUUAACAGUAAAUGUAAGAAGCAGUACUAGUUUAAGCUGAUUAAAAAAUGAGGAAGUCCAGCGACUGUAAAUAAAUUGAUAGCUUUGACGUCGCCUUAAGUGCGAGGGUUUCACUUUUUCUUUCUUUCUUAGAGGCAAGUUGUUCUUCGAGGAAUCUCGUAGGAGAAGCCUCGGCGACCUUGAUAUGCAAAGAAACAGCUGUAGUUGACAAGGGGCUCCAUAUUGUAAACGAAAGGCAAUUGUACGCGAAAGGCGGCCACGAACGUUUCGAGAUAUGUUUGCUCAAAUUGAUAAGGAAAACGCACCGCUGCCGAACUCACGAGAAUCUCCCUGGAGAUCACGUUUUCGAAUUAUUUUCAAUUUACAGUCUCAGGGAAAUACGCUGAGAAUAGAGAAAUGCAAAAUAAUAGGUUUGUUCGUGUUGACUGCAC